AUGGCCCCAAGGCGCAAGCAAAUACGAAAGCUGCUGUUGAAGCCGUACCGACAGACACUUCUGCGGAAACAUUCCGAUCUCGGUCUAUGCUGCAGCGACCGUCAAUUCGCGCGGCAGGAGCAUAUUCCAAUUGCAACACUACGCGGGUGGCUUAAACAAAAGCACGAGUACCUGGAGUCAGUGAAACGGGGCAGCAACACGACUCUGGACGGACAUGGCCAGCUGGAGUCCGUCAGCAGCUUUGGCGCCGACCUCGUCAAAUUCAUGGAUAGCGUCCGUGACAUUGAAAAGUUCUUGACCACUGCACACGUCGUCACAUGGCUCAAGACACACCAACAGCCAUGGCUGGAUGCCUACCUCGACAGCAAGCCAGACCAGGUUCGAGCGUACAAAUGUCUUCUUGGGUGGUGCCAAGCUUUUGCCCACGGACACGGCUUCUCCCAGCGGGUACCAUGCGUGCCAAAGAAGACGCAGGCCGAGCUCCGCGCAACGCGUGUCGAGUACGCCAAGUCGUUCUGGCCAAAGUACACCGCUUAUGACCCCGCAUGCCUCCACGGCGCACAUGAGCUCGGAUUGGCGAGUCACCGGAAGUUGCCGCCAUUCGUCAUUGUCCAUGGCCAGCCGGGCGGUCUGGUCGAACAGACCGAACUGCCAACGUAUCCACGAGGAGCCAUCUAUGCGGUGCAAGAAAAUGCCUGGGUGGAUGAGCGGGUAUGGGACAUCUACCUCCGUGAAUUGCUCCGAUAUGAGAUCGAAGCGCCUUCGGUUGUUGUUGUUGACAAUCAGCGGCUUGCCAGCGAAGUGCCGUACUGA